AGAGGGACCUCACAGCCAUAAGUUCUCCAGCUCACAGAACUCCACAGAGACACACACAUGACGGCAGUAGAUCGACGAAGAUGAUGGCACCAGCACAAACUCAUCUGCUGCUCUAGAAAGCACAUUUCUCAGAUCUGUCUGCGUGACCACAAAGAAAAGGCCGUCGGAUGAUAAUCUGCAGGACACUGAAUGGAAGUAAAUAGACAAGAGAAGGCGUGAGAUACAAACGGGGAAGCGACUCAUUCAACACCGAGCUCUUCUUUGAGUGCAACGUUUUCAUUUUGUUGCGUUGUGGACAACACGCUGUGCACGAAAGGAUCUGGAUUUAGCGGUGGGAGUUUAGUCGGGAAGCUCCGUUUUUUUGAGCCAUGAAGAAGAACGGUUCAACAAAGCGGGGCCCUCAGGAUGUUAAUCAACAGCCCGUACAGCCCGACAAAACUGGCUGGAUUCGCAAGUUCUGUGGCAAAGGAAUUUUCAGGGAAAUUUGGAAAAACAGAUUUGUUAUACUGAAAGGAGACCAACUCUACAUUUCCGAAAAAGAGGUCAAAGAUGAGAAGAAAAUCCAGGAGGUGGUGGAUCUCACCGACUACGAGAGGUCUGAAGAACUUCGCAAGGCCAAAAGCAGGAGUAAAAAGAAUCACAGCAAGUUCACGCUUCUACGUUCGCGGCAGCCAGGCAACACGGUCCCAAAUCUGGUGUUUUUGGCUGUCAGUCCAGAAGAGAAGGAGUCAUGGAUCAAUUCAUUAAACGCAGCCAUCACUAGGGCCAAGAAUCACGUGUUGGAUGAGGUGACAGUGGAAGAGGACAGCUUGUUGGCCCAUCCGACGCGCGACAGAGCUAAGAUACCCCACACUCGCCGUCUGCCCACCCGCGGGCAUCUCAUGGCUGUGGCUUCUACCACAAACUCGGAUGGCAUGCUGACACUUGACCUCAUCCAGGAAGAAGAUGUCCCCUCCACACAGUGUCAGGACUCUCACGAGGAUACCCUCGACAAAGCUGCUUCUCAGCACUCCAUCACGGACACCUCCAAGCUCUCAAACUGUAAAGAGACACCUGGAAAGUCCCAGAGUCUGCCGCGGAAAAGUGAGAGCGCCUUCGACUGGUCAGAGAACCAAAGGACGCCACAGUUCAGCAAAAAAAAUGGCACAUCUGACAAGAACCGCUGCGCUUCCAUGGAUGAGAUCCUGACGCACUGCGAGACGCGAGCGCUCCCUCACUGCUCGACUUCAGCGCCCGUGCAGCCCAUCAGCCAGCUCCAGGAUCUCAUCACCCAGAAGCUAGAAAGAACUCAAAAACUGCUGACUGAGGUACGGGGGCAAGGCAAGGGGAAGAGCUCGCCGGCUGGGAAGAGCUCAGGUCUGGAGGGUCAGCGGAUGGAGGCAGAGAGGCUUCUGGAGGAGGCAACGUCCACUUGGGGACAGGCUCGUGACGUGCUGGAGGAAGUGAAAGAACUCCGAGCAUUAUACAAGCAGCUUGACCCCGCCUCUUCCGUCACACUCAGUCCUCCACAGAACGGCAAACUAAACAGCCCUCAACAAGCAAACCACCAGAAAAGCAAGAUGUGAGAUCAUACAAAGUCCUCCAUGGCGCCAUUUUUCAGUAAACUCUUCCUGUUGACUGCUUUAGCAUUGCUGGAAUCGACAAAAAAUGAAAUAACAUGAGCUAUACGUGUAUGUAUGCAUUGUUAAAGAGCAAAUCUAGUUUCUUCCACUCCCUACUAUCAGAGUCAGAGCAGAAAUACGAGGGCCUGGUGGUUUUACCAAACACAAGCUGUUGCGUCGUACCCGGCGCUAUCAGUUUUCACAGUGACGUCGACAGGGACAGUAAAAGAUCCGAGUCAUUGAGCGGCCCAUCAGGGUAAGACAGGGUGAGAAACACCAGACGGCGGUGAUGUUGUCAUCAUCACCAGCCAAUCACAAUGUGAAUGUUUUCCUUCUGAUUCAUAAUACACUGGAGGAGCUUCGUUUCGAAAUGGUUGCAGACCUCAAGGGUCAUUUGUGUGUGUAAUAAUAAUAAUAAUAAUGCCCAGCACACUUGCUCUGCUGUUAACACAAACUAAGCUCAUAAUAAGAUGCAAUCAGGAUGCAGCCAAAGGCGUUUGGCGGGAACGAUCACGGACAGCUGAGCGUGUUCCUUGUCCGGGGGCACUCAAUAUCCAAUUGUGAACAAAGCCAUGAACAUGAACACAGAUGACGUCUGGUGCCAGUGUUGCAUUGGAAAGUCAGCUGCCAUUAAAGACGAGACUCCAUGCAGUAAAGGAAACUAUUAAUAAUUACACAUUUGCACUAUGGAGAAUGCUGUAAAACGAGAGUGACACUGGCAAGCUAUCUUUUCAAACCUAAGAGGCAGAACAGACAAUCUACUGUAGGUAGGGAAACAUGGGGCGUGUAGCUCCUAGUCUUUACACCUAAGUGGUAUUCUGAAAAUAUGUUGGCAUCUCUGAAAAUCAAAAGCUGCCUUAGUGUAUUUUCAAAAGGGCACAUGCAAACUGCAUUUCAAACUCUUCAAAGACUCUGAAUGCUUGUAUAUUUUAAUUUUCCAAAAUUUACCUACAAGUUGCCUGCACCUCAAGAGAAGCUUUUAAAGCAGGAUUUUAUUUUGCUUGCGCUUUGCAGGAUUUUCGUCUCUGGGGAACUAUGCAAGGUUGCAUGGGUGAAACUCACAAAAUCGGUCAAGAGUCAUAUUUUGUUCCAAAAUUGCUUUGAGAAAAAGAAGAAAUUGUGAUUUGCUUAAAGUACAUGAAGGUUAUUUGUUAAUUUAAUUAAGAAAGAAGUAAAAAUAUUUUUUUGUUCUUACUUUUUACGAAAAAUCAAGCACAUAUCCCCUCCCAAUUCUCAUUACCAUAAUCAAUUUAUUCUGAUAAAUGCAAUAUAUAUAUAUAUAUAUAUAUAUAUAUAUAUAUAUAUAUUAGAGCUGCACGAUUAAUCGUUAAAAGAUCGCGAUCUCGAUUCAGACACCCUCUCGAUCUCAUUUCUAAAAGACAACGAUUCCCCGAGUCUGUUAAACCUUUGACAAAGUCUUACCGGAUCAUUCAAAUCCGUGCGCGCACUGCCGCUGACACAGAGAGAGCUCCAUGUUUGGUUAAGAAACAUCUUCACAAACAGUCUUUUCAACUACACAGUAUUAUAUCUGUCUUACAGUCAUUUAUAUUAUCACAGAAAUACUGGGAUAAAGUUUAUAGUUUAAAUAUAAACAUUGAUGUCUAUAUGGCAGCAAUCAAAAUAUAACAAAUCCCCUUUUGAAAGUACUGCGCUUUAAAUAACGUUUGUGUCGAUUGCAUUGUUUCACCAAUAGGUGGCGAUAAGUGUCUUAAUUUAUUUGUCAAUGAAUUAAUUUUUCAUUCAAGAGAAUCGUUCAAAAACGCUGAUUCAUUCAGAAAUGAAACAAGUGUAGUAGGUUUAUGAGUGAGUCGUUGAAUCAGUGAUCUAAACAACUUUUUCAUCAUUCUAAUAUUAAAAAAACUGGGGUUUUAAAUAUAUUAUAUAUACACUACCAGUCAAAAGUUUUUGAACCAUAAGAUGUGUAAUGUUUUUUUAAAGUCUCUUCUGCUCACCAAACUAUAUUUAUCUGAUCCAAAGUACAGCAAAAACAGUAAAGUUUUGAAAUAUUUACCAUUUAAAAUAACUGCUUUCACUUGAAUGUAUUUUAAAAUGUAAUUUAUUUCUGUGGUGUGCAGCUGUAUUUUCAGCAUCAUUACUCCAGUCUUCAGUGUCACAUGAUCUUCAGAAAUCAUUCUAAUAUGCUGUUUUGCCGUUCAAAAAAAACAUUAUUAUUAUUAUUAUUAUUAUUAUUAUUAUUAUUAUGUUGAAAACGGAUGAGUAGAUUUUUUUCAGGUUUCUUUGAUAGAAAGUUCAGAAGAACAAUAAUUGUGUGUAAUAGAAAUAUUUUGUUAUAAAUGUCUUUGUCACACUUGAUCAAUUUAAAGAAUCCUUGCAAAAUAAAAUAAUUAAUUUAUAUACUUGUGAUAAUGAUAAUGUUAAUAGUAAUAAUAAUAAUAAAGAAUCGUAGGAGAAUCGUGAUCUCUAUAUGAGAUCAAAAAAUCGUGAUUCUCAAUUUAUCCAGAAUCGUGCAGCCCUAAUAUAUA